UUUCAGGCGAAGGUGAACCGGAUUCAGGCGUUAAUCUCCAACCAGUGCGGAGUGCUUCGUCUGAUCUGGAUCCUACUAAUUUCUUUGAAAGCUUUACAAAUUUUGCUCCCAGCGUAUCAGCGAUGAAUUUAUCGAAUACUUAUCUUGGCAUGGAUACAGAAUUUGAUGCAUCUGCAAUCUUCAAUCUUUCUGCCGUGAUGCAAAAUCAGUCUGGAUCUGUUGCCGGUGCUAAUGACUACAUGGCACUUUUCGGUGGUGUUGAUACAAAUGCAUCAUCUCAUAACAAUGAAGUUUUCGAAUUGAAUUUCGACAAUUUGCCUGAUGGAAAUGAAGCUAAAGAUGAGAUUGACAAAAACAGUCGCUUUUUCGGUUUUUAACUGAAAGAUAAUAUGUACCAGUUUGACUUUAAUUUAUGAAGUCUAAUAUAAUGC